UGGGUUUGAGCUGAAAACUCGAAGCGAAGGAAUUCAGAGUGAAGAGAAAAAAACAGGAAGUGAAACCAAGGAGGAGCGAGCGAGAGAGAGAGAGAGAGAGAGACACCUGUAGGAGCGUCAAACUUUUAGGUUUUACGUCAUUUUAAAGGUUUUAAACUAAAGAACCGUGUCUGUGGGUCUUCUGAAGGAGGAUCUAGUUUCUGACAGGAUGGACGCGGACCCGGAGCGAGGAGGGUUUGAGGAUGCAGCGCCAAAGGACAAGGUUCAGGAUCUGAAGAACCAAGUGGAUGGAGUGAAAGAAAUCAUGACGCAGAACGUGGAUCGGAUCCUGGCCCGUGGAGAGAGGCUGGAUGACCUCAUGGGCAAGUCUGAGGAUCUCCAAGCAGGGGCUCAGACCUUCAAACAGUCGGCUGGUAAAGUAGCUCGUGCCUACUGGUGGAAAAAUGUCAAGCUGAUCGUGGUCAUCGUGGUGAUUGUCGUCAUCAUCAUCCUCGUCAUCGUCCUUCUGGCCACUGGAGUGAUUCCUACCAGUUCAUCCGUGGGUCCGAUCACCCCCACCACCAAGCCCUGAACUCGUGUCCGUAGUGACUCCAUGAGAGCAGAAACACGUUGCUGUUGUAAACUCAGUAAUAUAUCAACUCUAUGAAAAAUCACUUUGGUUUGGUGAAUAUUUAAUAUUUCCUCCGGUUACUUUCAUGCUUUUGUGUAACGCACUGUAAUGACACAUAAGCUUGUGAAAAUCAUAAAAAUACUUUGAAUGACCGAGUCUUCUGAACAAAGUUCUCUGACUUCACUGUUUUUUUCCAUUUGAACACCAGAUUUCAUUCUGUCCCUAACUGUUUCUGCUCCAUCCUGACAAAGAAGGAGUUUGUAGAUAAAGAACGAACUCCUUCAGUCUCGUGUGUGACGUCAUCCAAGGUGGCAACGGUGAAGCUAGCGCUAACUGGGCCAGUGGUAUUAGGAGAGGCUGGAGCUUGGGAUGAACUCUGUUCCCUUGCCAGUAGUUGUGUUCGACAUGCAGCGUGUAGGAGCCUCGGCUCUUUGUGCUACAGCAGCAGGCGGGGAGGUGAAACGGUUUCUAACACAACAGUAGGUUACUUACCCACAUUUUAGGUUUUUUUUAAGUGUGUUUGUUUCUUUGUUACUUAACGUUUAGCUGCUACUCUUCUGCUGUUUAAUGUUCAGGAUCUUCCAGCCUACCAGCUGCAGAAGAUUAUUUAUUCCCCUUCAGACCGCCCUCUGCUGGGCUUCUCUUAACCAGUAACCAGCUGGAACUGGGAUUUCUAGUUUAUGGGUCUUUCAUUUUUAUUUAUUGUAGAAUGUCUUGUUUCCACUUCCUCGUCUGUGUGCUGUUACAGUACCAGUCCAACCUGAAAGAGGUCAAAAAGCUUCUUCUCAUAAAUUACACCCACACGUGUAUUAGCUUCGGUCAUUAGCUGUAAUGAAGGUUUCUUUAGAAAUUAAGUUGUUGAUUUAUUCUGUGAUGAAGGGUAGUGUGAAAGCGACCUGCUGUGGUGGGCUGACUAGGGUGUAUGUAUCAUGUGCUGCUUAUGCUGCAGUCUGCUGGCCUGAUGCCUUCGGCUGAAACUGGCCUGAUUUAGUUCUGCGUUGAUUUCAUUGACGCUGCAGAAGUAUUGUAAGAAUCACGAAGAGCUCAUGCUUCUUGCUGGUUUUAAUGGUCUGAAAUAAACUGGAUUUACCACCAA